GGCGACCGUUGCUACGAACAACAACCUGUGAAGCAACAGAGACGUCUGGAGGGUUCUAAGACAUUUCCACACUUUUAAGACAUCACAGGACAAUCUACAAGAGGUACCACCAUGCCGCAGCCUGAUGAGCCCAUGUACAGUUCUCAGCAGAUCAACAUCCCCCCUGAACUCCCAGAUAUCCUUAAACAGUUCACCAAGGCCGCCAUCAGGACACAGCCCAAGGAUGUGCUACAGUGGUCUGCUGCGUAUUUUCGUGCACUCUCCAAUGGAGAGACCCUGCCAGUAAAGGAGAGACUAGAGAUGCCCACAGCCACACAGAAGACAGACACAGGACUCACACCUGGUCUCCUGAAGGUCUUACACAAACAGUUGAGCCCCCAGGGUACAGUGCAGUUGUCUGCCCUGGAGCAGAAGUGGAAGGAGUUAUGCCUGCCCCAGGAACAGAUGGAUGAGAUCAUGAAGGUCGGAACCUUCUCCGACAACAUCGAGUGGAUCAAGUUCUUCGCCCUGGCCUGCUCUUCUCUUGCUGGGAACAUCACACAGGCUAUGAAGAUUGUGUGUGAGAUCCUGACCUCUGACCCUGAGGGUGGGGCGGCGCGAAUCGACUUCAACACGUUCAAGGAGCUGUACACGUACCUGGCACAGAUCGACGGGGAGAUCGGUCAGGUGCACAUCGAUGGUGUCUUGUCGUAUCUUCAGUACGAUGUUGACAAACAAGAAGGAAUGGUCAUGCCCAGAAACUUUCUCAGCCAAGACUGUCCAAAACUCGGCAACUGAGCAGAAAUAACAACUAACUGUAACAAAAUAAAAUAGUAUAUGAUUGAUUUGUACAUAACCCACACAUGAAGAUACAUUUUAGUCAUUAUACAUGUAACAAACACAUGGAACAAACAUAAACACUGUAAAGUAUGCACUUUUUCUUUAUUUUUCUUUAGGAAAAUGUGUACAUUAUCAAGUUCUUUACAUUGUGUAAAUGAGUGUUUGUGUCUUAGAAUCAAAACCCAUUGCUGAAAUGUUUUCUAAGUGAACAAUGAAAAUUGUGAGACAUACAGUAUUUGGCAUAAGACAGUACCCCAUUGAUAGUACUUUUAUUAUCUAUUUUUGGUUGGAAAUUAUUAUCAUAUUCACCUAUACUGUAAGAUGGUGAUUAUUUUGACUGGAUAUACUAGACGUUCAUAUCUGGUGUGAUUUUGAGUAAUUUAAUUGUAGACUGUAUAUUUCCUGUCGAGUGUAUAAUAACAAUGUAAUGUUUUAGUAUGUACAAAGCUGUGAUUUUCAUCAUAGUAGUUCUUUAGAUACAUUCCAUGUUAACAUU